UACCUUAAAACAAAGCCCUCCAGUGGCGAGCUGUCACUGCUGCCGGGGCUUCCAGCUUCCUACGGUUAUCUUUCUGCAUUCAUGGGCUCCUGCCAUUUGAAUGGCUGAUGACAUCACUUCCACAUGGGUAUAUCUCGUAAAUCAGGGGUGGGCAACUGUGGCCCUCCAGCUGUUGGUGAACUAUAAGUCCCAUCAUGCCUCUGCCUUUGGGAGUCAUGCUUGUAACUGUCAGUUUUGCAAUGCCUCAUGGGACUUGUAAUUCUAUAACAGCUGGAGGGCCACAGUUGCCCACCCCUGUCCUAAA